UGUUAGCCAUAGGGCGGGAUCUGGCUGUGGAAACGAGCAGAGCAGUUCCAAAGAUGUUGGGUUGCGGAGUGGAACAUUGUGAUGUACGGAAUCCGUGAUCAGAAAUGUGGUGUUGGUAGAUUUUGAGCGAUCGGAGAUUUUGAAACAAGUGACUUCGCCGAACUGAAAGCGGAAGCACCUCUACUUACAUCCUGAGGCAUAUUGUCGAAGUUUUUCUGAUGGACCUUUCAUCAAUCCUGGCAAGUGCUUCGAUUGGAGCGAUUCAUAUGUUUAGGUAGUAUAUAGCACCAGUGGGUGUCAGAAUUCGUGAACCACGCUAAAAUUAGCGAAUAACACGAAAAUCGCGCCCCGCCAUUCCUACCACUACAACAGCAAUUAUGGCACUUACGGCACCCAGAACGCGCGCAAAUGACCGUCUUACCCCUCCCCCAGACCCAGCGUAUAAUUACCCAGCUUCAACUCGCAAGCGUACACGAUUCUACGACGCGUACGAUAAGCAACACCACUUAAAGUCCUUCCGCCAGCUAUGUCGCGAUGAAGGUGUUGACCAUACUACUGGGCUGCGUUGGAAGCGUCAGAGAGAGACAAUGGGCCAUCUAGCAAUGAGAACAACACGUGGAAUAUCUAAAAAGCCACUCGGGAGGAAGUCUAAAGUUACAUUAGCUAUGUGCCAAAUGCUGGUCGAUCCUACACAAAACCCCGUCCGCGACCAAGACCUUAACGCGCAAAUUCAGUACUAUAAACUCCCAAUAAAGAGGCGCUAGUUGCAAAGGAAAUUAAAGGAGCUUGUAAAGGCACGAUGGUUCAAAAUGGUAUUUGUAAACAAGCAAGUUUCAGAAAAAAACUUAGAGGAACGUGUUGCUUUUAGAAAAGAGUAUGUAGGUAAGAC